GUUCUGCACAGGCAUCGGCUGCCCCCAGCGGGGGCAACAGGCAUCGGGCCCCCAGGCGAAUAUAGCGGCGGAUCGAGUCGCCGGACCCCCAGGCGGGCGACAGGUCUCGGGCCCCAUCAAGGCGAAGUGGCGGGCGCCGGACUCCCCAGGUGGAGCGACAGGUCUCGGGCCCUCAGGGCGGAGCGGCGGGCGCCGGACCCCCAGGUGGAGCGACAGGUCUCGGGACCCUCAGGCACGGCGGACAGCCGGGCGGACCGGGGGGUGGAGCGACAGGUCUCGGGCCCCCAGGCGGAGCGACAGGGAGCGAGUCCAGGCAAGACAGUGGGCUCCGAGUCAACUGGCAUGACCGCUGGCACUGGGUCAGACAUUGGAUCGUCUGGCUGGACAGCGGGCAUCGGGUCACCAGGCAUCAGGUCAUUUGGCUCGACAGCGGGCACCGCGUCAUCUGGCAAGGCAGUGGGCUCCGAGUCAACUGGUAUGACCGCGGGCACUGGGUCAGACAUUGGAUCGUCUGACUGGACAGCGGGCAUCGGGUCACCAGGCAUCAAGUCAUUUGGCUCG